AUGUCGGACGAGGAGCACCAUUUUGAGUCCAAGGCUGACGCCGGGGCGUCAAAGACGUACCCGCAGCAGGCCGGGACGAUCCGGAAGAACGGGUACAUCGUCAUCAAGGGGAGGCCCUGCAAGGUUCGUGCUCUUUAUGCCGAUCUGUGAUAUGUUGCGGUCCUUCACCGUCCUGCCAUUGGGGCAUAGGAUUGGGGUCGGAGAGCCGGAUCUAUUGACUUUUAUUCUGUUUCAGUUAUUCUCUGUGUCGUUUAGCUUUCCGUUGUAGUUCACAUUCACUCGUCUAAUUGGCACAGAUGCUUGUCCUUAUUCAGUGUUCAUGAUUUCAUCAACUGAAAACGACGAUUCUGCCAUGUUUUUUACCCGUAAUUUUUCAUUUUAGGAUGAAAGAUCAUUUCCAUACCGAUGAAUGUAUUUACUUUUCGAUAGGCAUCAUUUCUAGUUCAUAGAAAACCUAGGUAACGUUUUUUGGUGAGGAUGUGAUGACAGUUUGUCGAUGAAAUUCAGUUUUCACGACGUUAAUUCGCAUAGUUCUCAUUCUAUAAAUAUCUCCUAGAUUCGCUCAUUAAAUCUCGUCAUUGCACUAAAUGAUUUUAGCCUAGAUCCCCAUUUUCAGUAACCAUCUUAUACGCCCAUUAUUCAUGUUGUUUGCCAUGUUAUGCGGCGUGGUUUACAUAUCUAUUUCCAUAUUCAUGCUUCUUUCAAUCUCAAUGUUCAUCUUCUUGAAUUUACGAAAAAAAUGUACGUACAUGAUUUUUGCGCUUUUAGUUUUUCAUGGACAUACAAUGGGAAAUGGACGACAAGUGUUCAUAGGGGUCUGGAUAUUUGGUUUCUCAGUCUGAAACAGAUUUUUUUUAAUCAAUUAAUCGCAUUAUUUUUUGGGCAGAUUCUGCUUGUACAAGCAUCCAGAAAGAAAAUUCUUUACUCGGGUUUGUUACUUUGCUCUUUUUUUUUCUUGCCCAACCAUCAGGGAAGGGAAUUAUGGGUUAUAAAUGGAUGGUAGCUUAGUUUUAAUUCAGUCCUUAUAUCAGCAUAUUUCAGUCGAAAACACAAAUGUUUCGUUCUUCAUUUGCUUAUUUGCAUGAGCUUUUCAUAGACGCGGCAUCUUUAUGUUAUCGGUUUGUAUGGAUAAAAAUCUGGCAUGUAUUCGCUGUGCAAAUGGAAAACGAAUAGUUGCUUUUCUUUUGAAAUGUCUAUGUUCACGUCAUUACUGUAAGAUAUUUUCUAGAAACUAGGGUUUCCAGUUCUUCUUUCGCCAGAAUAUGAAAUCCUAAAGAAUAGUUGUGGUAUAUAAUCCAAAUCGAGAUUGUGCGGAUACGAAUUUCAGAAUAUUGUCAUCAGCCGGAAAUUUUCGUCAGCUGUCAAAUAAAUGAUACGUACUUUGCCUACUUACAUUGUUCAUUACCACAUUCGUGUAUAAAAUGUGGGUGUUUUCUGAUCUCUUAGAGUUCUCAACCACAUUCAUCGGCAAAUUUUCGUCAGCUCCAUUUUUAUACAGAUUGCGGGAGUGAGGAUGCCCGUAUUUAAGAACUUUGUUGGGGAUUAAAAUUAGUUGAUGGAUAUUUGUGAUCUCAUUGAAAUGGUGAAGUCAUGAUGCCCUUUUUGACGGGCUUUGACCCAAAUACUGAUGCGAAUCGGAUUGUUAUUGCUAUUUCUGCAUUGAAAAGUUUGUGCUUCUUAUUCAAGCACAUUCAACUGCGACUAUGACCUUUAUCAUCACAUGAGAUUAACAUUUUAUUUUCUCUGAGUUUCAAUGCUCUUAUCGUGAUUCGUGAUCGGUUGAGCAGGUUGUGGAGGUUUCCACUUCCAAGACCGGGAAACACGGACAUGCUAAGUGCCACUUUGUGGCCAUUGAUAUCUUCAACGGGAAGAAGCUGGAGGAUAUUGUGCCAUCCUCCCACAACUGCGAUGUAAAAAAUUGCCUUUUAAAAAUUAUAAAAAAAAUCGCUUCAAUCUUUCUCAGUCACUGAUUUUUUUUUUUUCCCCUAUCUCUGAUCCUUUCCAGGUCCCCCAUGUUAACCGCACCGACUAUCAGCUGAUUGAUAUCUCUGAAGAUGGAUUUGUAUGGUUUAAUCCUCUCUUUUUUUUAAUUAGUAUUUCAUCCUGGUAUAUAUGAUAUUCAAGUCAAUUUUACUUCGUGUAGGUGAGCUUGCUGACUGAAAAUGGGAGCACCAAGGAUGAUCUCAGGCUCCCUACCGAUGAUCAGCUCCUCACUCAGGUGAGUCCUUUUUCCUUUUUUGGCGAACUUAUAUCAUAUGAUAUCAGUUUUUGGUAAGUUGUAUGAUCUCACGUGAUUCGCUCAGAUGAACUCGAAAGCUCAUCACUCAGCUCCCCACUGAGAAUCAGCUCUUUUAUUUCUCAAGUCCCUGCACAGUUCUUGAAUAACGAAUAAGCCCUCGUAUUUUUUUCUUUCCUGGAGCUUUUGAGGGCUCGUUAAACUGCCCCCUAUACAUUCUGCUCGGAGUAUGCGGACGUUUAUUAAUCUUUCAAUAAAUGUCUUCGUUCCUAGGGAUUGAACAUAGAGAAUGGUUUCCUAAUUCCUCAGCUCGCACAAAUCUCAUAUAAACCCUUGUUUUUGUCCUCUCUUUGUCUUUUAGACCCUGAAAGUGCUCAAUUUAUUUACUAAUGGAUGGAAAUUAGGGUUCAUUGAUCAGCCAAUUACUAUCCUGUUUUUGACUGUGAGCAGAUCAAGGAGGGGUUCGGGGAGGGGAAGGACCUGGUGGUGUCGGUGAUGUCAGCCAUGGGAGAAGAGCAGAUCUGUGCCAUCAAGGACAUCGGCCCCAAGUAG